AUGACCAAGGGCACGGAGGGAGGCAUGACCAAGGGCACAGGAGGGAGCAUGACCAAGGGAACGGCACCGGAGGGGUGCAUGAUCAAGGGCACGGGAGUGGGGGGCAUGACCAGCACGGGAGAGGGCAUGACCAAGGUCACGGAGGGGGGGCAUGACCAAGGGCACGGAGGGGGGGGCAUGACCAAGGGCACGGGAGGGGGGCAUGACCAAGGGCACGGAGGGGGGGGCAUGACCAAGGGCACGGAGGGGGGGCAUGGCCAAGGGCACGGAGGGGCGCAUGACCAAGGAACGGCACCGGAGGGGGGCAUGACCAAGGCACGGACGGAGGGGGCCACGACCAAGGGAACGGACGGAGGGGCCACGACCAAGGGAACGGACAGGAGGGGGCCACGACCAAGGGCACGGACGGGAGGGGCCACGACCAAAGGAACGGGACGGAGGGGGCCAAGACCAAGGAACGGACGGAGGGGCCACGACCAAGGAACGGACGGAGGGGCCACGACCAAAGGAACGGACGGAGGGGGCCACGACCAAGGAACGGACGGGAGGGGCCACGACCAAGGAACAGGACGGAGGGGCCACGACCAAAGGAACAGGACGGAGGGGCCACGACCAAGGAACAGGACGGAAGGGGGGCCACGACCAAGGAACAGGACGGAGGGGCCACGACCAAGGAACAGGACGAGAGGGGCCACGACCAAGGAACGGACGGAGGGGGCCACGACCAAAGGAACGGACGGAGGGGGCCACGACCAAGGAACGGGACGGAGGGGCCACGACCAAAGGAACGGGACGGAGGCCACGACCAAGGGAACAGGACGGAGGCCACGACCAAGGAACAGGACGGAGGGGCCACGACCAAAGAACGGGACGGAGGGGCCACGACCAGAACGGGACGGGAGGCGACCAAGGAAGGGACCGGAAAGGGGCCACGACCAAGGAACGGACGGAGGGGCCACGACCAAAGGAACAGGACGGAGGGGCCACGACCAAGGGAACGGGACGGAGGGCCACGACCAAGGGAACGGACGGGAGGGGCCACGACCAAGGGCACAGGACGGAGGGGCCAUGACCAAGGAACAGGACGGAGGGGGCCACGACCAAGGAACGGACGGAGGGGGCCACGACCAAAGGAACGGACGGGAGGGGGCCACGACCGGAACAGGACGAGGGGCCACGACCAAGGGAACAGGACGGAGGGGGCCACGACCAAAGGAACGGACGGAGGCCACGACCAAGGGAACGGACGAGGGGCCACGACCAAGGGAACGGACGGAGGGGCCACGACCAAGGAACAGGACGGAGGGGCCACGACCAAGGAACGGACGGAGGGGCCACGACCAAAGGAACGGGACGGAGGGGGGCCACGACCAAGGAACGGGACGGGAGGGGGCCACGACCAAAGGAACAGGACGGAGGGGCCACGACCAAGGGCACAGGACGGAGGGGCCAUGA